GGCUACGUGGCUUUGGAAGCUUAUGACCCAUCAGAGUACGAUCCAUUCUUCCUCAAGAGGCGUCCAGAGUGCUGGAAGGUUUCAACACCAGCUUUACAGGAUCCCCUGCUAAAAGGCCUUCAGAGGUGGUUUCUUGAGAUGGGCGCUGUCGAGCAGUGUGAGCCAGGCAGACCGGGUCCGCCCCGGGCGCCGCUGCCUCCGCUCCCUCUGAGCCGGCAGCGGCUGGACGCAGCCCAGUGGCUGAAGGUUCCACACGCCUACAUUGCCAGCGAGGGCCGCAAGACGAGGAGGUGA